AUGUUCUGCACACCGCUUCACACAAUACUUCUAACCAUCUUCUGCAUCCGCAUCGUUACUGCUCAAAACGGCGUCACGUAUGUAACUAGUAUAGAUGGUACCGCGACAUAUCCGUGUCCGUCUAUCGAAGAACCCGAAACAUACUAUCAAGACAAAUGUGCAUCGAAAACAGUAUCAGGUAUAGCUUUAACCCAAGUUGAAGUUCGGAAUACCAUUGGGACGACUAGGGAUGAUUGGGAGAUUUAUCAAUUCUGCUAUUACGGAAGUGCAAACGACUAUUGUUCUUACACUGCCAGUAAAGCGAAUCCAGCUCUGACUCAAUAUGGCUCUGGAUUGGGGACAGAUUGUCCUUCUCUAUCAGCUGCACGAUAUGAUGAUCCAAGCGCUCCUAAACCUGUCGCUUCAGAUGUAGCGAGACAGAGUGAUAAUCUUGGUGAACCAGCUUAUACAUGUCCGUCCUCUGAUGGAGAUCUGAACCGUAUUACGAUAGACAAAUACGCCAGUCAGACUUCGGCACAACUAGGGUUUGGCUGCUCUUUAACUAGCAUUGGACCCUGUUACUACACUACUGCCGGUGCUCAAUAUAGUAUCCCUUCGAAUAAGUGCCCGGCAACUCUGUGUCCUAAUCAUUAUGAUUCCACUUUUACUAGAAGGCGACUCUCAAACUCUAAGCGAUUCCUAAAGCAGGUCAAAGCUCAAGAUAUAAGACGCACAGCAUCCCUCAGAGCUCGUUUUCCCCAACUCUCUUAUCCUUCUUAG